UGCAAAAUUCCACCUUUCAUUUUUACAAUCAUACCAAAGUAGCUGUAACUGUACAGCAAGAGAUUCGUGUAUAACUUCAAUUUGUUUUGAAGUGCUUCAAAACACUUGAUUUAUGUGAUUCAUGGAUGCUCUAAAAGGUAGCUGAAGUCAUGAGUGGAAGGAGAAGGAGCAAACCCAAUCGGGGUGGUGGUCGGUUUAAUAAACCCAGGGGAGGUAGAGGAGGAGGUGGUGGAGGUGGAGGUGGAGGUGGAGGCAAGAAAUUUGCCAGUGGAGGCUGGGAUGAUGGAGAUGAUUUCAGCCUGGAUUUUGGUCCCAGUCGCUCAUUCAAGCCUCCCUCCUCUAGAGGUUCAAGAGGUGGAGGUGUCCGCGGGGCUCAGGGUGGAAGAGGCAGAGGAAGAUCUCUGGGACUACCUAGAAAACACGAUGAUGACGAGGAGAAGAGAUCCAGGUUUAGAUCAGAACAAGUGCCUCUUCCCUUGCAGAAGAUUCACAUGACGUCAGAGAACAAACUACAGGUCAAAGAACUUCUUCGGGAACUUCAGAAUCAGGAGUAUCAAACCCCUAACAGUGGCUCUGAUUAUGAAGGUGGAGAGGAGGAAGAGGAUGAGGAGUAUGAUGAGCUGGACCAUCGAGAGGAAGGUCAGUACUGGAUAACCCAUGAUGAUGGAGUAGAAUAUGCGGAGACUGAUGACUGGAUGGAAGACCCUGUUGAGGAAAAGCACAAAAAACCCGAACCGGUGAUCUCCCUGUUUGCUCUUGGAACUCUGUGCAGGUAUGGGUUUGACCGUGAGCGCAGCAGACAAACUUUGGAAGCCGGAGAAGGAAGUGGAUGCGGUGAGGUUGGAGCAACAUUAGAGCUCCUCCUAUCCCAAAUGUUUACAGAACGAUUUGGCUCUAGCGCCCUCAGCCCGCAAACAUCUGAUCCCCCUUCACAGGGGGAAUGUGUAGCUUUGCGACAGGAAGAGGCCUUUGCUUUGACGGCAAUCUACGGCGAAAGGUUCUGCGAGCGCAUCAGUAAUCGGGUUUGGACUAUUCAGCUUGAUUUGCUGUGGUUGGAUGAAAGACGGAUCAAACUUUCUGACUCUAAGCAUUCUAAAAAGCAGUCAGAGUCCAAUCAGAUUUGCAAGUUUUACUUAAGGGGGGCAGGUUGUAAGUUUGGGAAUCGCUGCAAGUUCAAGCACCAAGUUCACGAAUCAAGCACUUCAAGAGAUCUUUGUAAGGCAAGUCAACCGGGGUUUAGCAACGCAGAUGCUCCAAUUUACCAGCUGGAGAUUCGUUUCCAACCAGGCAGUUUAUAUCCUUUUCAACCUCCACUUGUGGCCUUCAGUAGUACAGAUGAAUCCCUCUCAGGGGCUGGACGUCUCAGUGUCACAGAGUAUCUGUUCGGUCAGUCACUCAGUGCUGCAGAGGAAGGUGAGCCAGUGGUCUACACCCUUAUUUCCAGCCUGGAAGAGGAUGGUCCUGUCAGGGAGCUGCUGUCAGCUGCUCAUCACAAGUAUAGUGCCCCACCUCCUGUGCUGGCUCCUCCCACUGUCACACCGGCAAAGAGUCGAAGCAAUAAAAACAAUGUAGACAACAGGACUUCAGCAACUAGAGAUCAGUCAACCUCAACUAGCAUCAGCGAGAUCACGAACCACAGAGUGAAACAAAAAGAAGUUGCACAAAUCCUAAGUGAGGAUAUUGAUGAUGUACAAGAUGAAGGGGAUGAUGAAGAUGAAGAGGAAUGUAUCCCAGUAGAAAACGAGAGCUAUGUUAACUUGAGGAAGAGGAUGGUGAAGAAGACUGAAAUCAGAACUGAGCAAAUGCAGGAAGAGAACAAGAAGCUGUGCAGAGAGUUCAAAAGGAAACGGUCAUCGAGGCGAUACAUAUCAAUGCAAGAGCAGAGGCAGAAACUCCCAGCAUGGCAGAAGAGAGAGGCCAUAUUGGAGUGUUUGGUUAAGAAUCAGGUUCUGGUUAUCAGUGGGAUGACCGGGUGUGGGAAAACCACUCAGAUUCCUCAGUUUAUCUUGGAUAAUUUCCUCCAGACUGGACGGCCGGAUAGAGUAGCCAACAUUAUUUGCACUCAGCCACGCAGAAUCUCUGCCAUUGCUGUUGCAACUCGAGUGGCUCAGGAGCGAGCAGAGGCCCUGGGGCACUCCACAGGCUACCAGAUCCGCCUGGAGACCGUCAGGUCCUCUAUCACCAGGCUGAUGUUCUGCACAACUGGUGUUCUUUUGAGGAGGUUAGAAGGUGAUCCUGAGCUCAGCGGUGUCACACAUGUGAUCGUGGAUGAGGUCCAUGAACGAACAGAAGAGAGUGACUUCCUGUUGCUGGUUUUGAAGGAUCUGAUUGUAAAAAGGACAGAUCUGAAAGUAAUUAUGAUGAGUGCAACCUUGAAUGCUGAACUGUUCUCACAGUAUUUCAACAACUGCCCCUGCAUCCAUAUACCAGGGCGUACUUUCCCAGUAGAGCAGUUCUUCCUUGAAGAUGCCAUUGCCAAGACCAGGUAUGUAAUUGAAGAUGGCAGUCCAUACCGGCGCUCCACAAAGCUAAAUCGUUCCUCCGGUCCGGGUGGUACAACUGGAAAGGGACGAGCUCUAGUUGAAGACUUUGAUGAUGAUUAUGGUGGCUGGUCCUUCACCUCCUUCAGAAAUAAGGAGUCCGUCAAAGACUCAGUUCCUGAUCAGCAGCUCAGUCAACAAGAUCUCACUGUCCGAUAUUCCAGUAAGAAUAUUUUGAGUCACCAGUUGUUUGCUUGUGCUUGUUUUGUGGGGAGUUUUCUAUGGAUUGGUCUGUUAUCACUGCUUACCUGUUUGGGCAAUUUGUUAAGCUUUUUCUGUAAAUAGUGUUUACAAAAAACUACUGCCUUCCUGUUUAUUCGUUCCUAUUAUACUUUAUACACUGUCAGCUUCCUUUAGUGUGUAAUGUUACUGUUCAUAAAAGAUCGGUAACACUUAACGGUAAUGCAUUCUUUAGCAUGAACUAACAAUGAUCAACUCAUC